AUGGAUCCUAUUUCACAAAUUCCCGUAAAAUCCCCACACAAUCUUCGCUUUGUCACGUUCAACAUCAACGGGUGCCGCUCGGUGCUCAACUACCACCCCUGGAACCGGUCCAAAUCCUUCGACUAUAUGUUUUCGAGCCUUCAGGCGGACGUGAUUACCCUCCAGGAACUCAAAAUCCAGCGCUCGGACAUCAACCACCAGAAGGGGUUGGGCUCCUUGGCGGGCUACCGCUGUUUUCUCACAGUGCCGCACGCAAAACGUGGCUACAGCGGCGUCGGCGUCUACGUGCGCAUCCCUGCGGCCCACGAGCCGGAAGCCGUGAGGAGAUCUUUGGUGGUGAUUAAGGCCGAAGAGGGAAUCACUGGUAUUCUCCAGUCGCCAGAUUACAAACCCCUGGAGUAUCGCGAAUUGCCCCCAGAGAAGGGCAUUGGGGGGUAUCCCACAAGCAACCAGGCAUGGUAUCCGCGAAUAGACAGCGAAGGACGGUGUGUAGUAGUGGAGUUGGCAUGCAACGUGGUUGUAAUCUCGCUCUACUGCCCCGCAAACUCGAUGGGCACAACGGAGGGGGGAGCCUUCAGAGUGGCUUUCCUUGAAUGUGUAUUUGAACGUGUGAGAAACCUUGAAAAGCUAGGCAAACAGGUUUUGGUAAUGGGGGAUAUUAAUGUGUCUAGAGACUUGAUCGACAGUGCCGACGCCUGUUUUGAGCUUGCAAAGACCGGGGCCGUGAAGAAGCUUCCGGAGGGUGUCUACGAGUCUCCCUGCCACGAGGGGGCGGCGUUUGAACGGUUAAAUGCGGAUGAAGUAGAGCGGUUCCGAUCUUCAACCCUUCCCAAAGCGUUGCUCAACGGGAUCGUGACAACUGCAGUUGAUAUUGCAGUUGAUGACAUUGUACCUGGAAAGGUCUUGUAUGACAUCGCAAGAGAACUCCACGGGCGGCGACUCAAGAUGUUUACAUGCUGGAAUACACUUAAAAACGCAAGGCCGUCGAAUUAUGGCUCACGGAUUGAUUUGAUCUUGACUACUGAGCAGUUAAAGCGUCGAGCAGUGCAGGCAGAUAUCUUGCCUAUGCUCCAUGGCUCCGAUCAUUGUCCGUUAUUUGCUGAUUUCAGCCCUGACACUCUCAUAAUGACGCAUAAUCUGACAUCGUUAAAGUUCGAAGCAAAGGCUUUCUACAAGUUACAAUACAACGGUAUCGAUGCCAUGUUUGGCAAGUGCAAUGCAGAAACGGUGGAUACCUCAACAGAGGUGGAGGGUAUACUUCCAAUAAUGAAAGAGGAAGCACCAUUUGCUUCGCCAGAAUGCGACACCACAAAGCCAUUAGGCCCACCAGCAAAGAGGCUAAAACUUGCUUAUGUUAGCCGGAAGGCGGUGGUAGUACCUAAGAACCAAAAGCUGAUUGCCAGCUUCUUCACCCCUGCCAAACCUGCAGCCAAAGAAUCCUUGUUUGUUGAAGAAUCGGACGACGAGUUGUAUGAGGCUGUGACAGAGGCUGCUAUUACUAAGCCCUCAGCGUCGUCUGUUGGCUCAAUUGGUAGUUUCAUGGCUGUCUUGGGGAAACCGCCACGGUGCAAGCACAACGAGGCCGCCGUGUUGAAAACAUGCACCAAUUCUAAGAGUGCCAAUCGCGGAAAAAAGUUCUGGUCCUGUCGUGAACGGUCGUGCAAUUUUUUCGAGUGGGCGAAUGCCAACCAGUGA